UAUUUUAAUGUCAACCUGCUCCUUCUUCCUCGGCAGACAGGAGAGACAGUCAGAACAGAACGGCACCGCAGCGCUCAGAGAGGACACGGACAUCGAGUUGCUCUCUACAGAAACUACCCUUCGCAUGGCCAGGCGGCCAAGACACAGUGUGUAUAGUAGUGAAGAAGAUGAGGAGGAUAUUGAGAUGUAUGAACACGACUACGAUGGACCGCUGGCCAAGGAAGCAAAACGCCAUCAAGGGAAAACUCGCUGGACAAGAGAAGAGGAUGAGAAGUUGAAGAAGCUGGUAGAACAUCAUGGGUCCUCGGACUGGAAACUCAUCGCCAGCUUCCUACCUAACCGUACAGAUGUGCAGUGUCAGCACCGCUGGCAGAAGGUUCUCAACCCUGAACUCAUCAAAGGACCCUGGACCAAGGAGGAGGACCAGAGAGUGAUUGAACUAGUCCAGAAGUAUGGAGCCAAGCGUUGGUCCGUAAUCGCCAAGCAUCUGAAGGGUCGGAUAGGGAAGCAGUGCAGAGAGCGCUGGCACAACCACCUGAACCCCGAGGUGAAGAAGACUUCCUGGACCGAGGAAGAGGAUCAGAUCAUCUACCAGGCCCACGAGAAACUGGGCAACCGCUGGGCCGAGAUCGCCAAACUGCUGCCUGGAAGGACUGAUAAUGCCAUUAAGAACCAUUGGAACUCUACGAUGCGUAGGAAGGUGGAGCAGGAGGGUUACCUUCAGCACUCCUCCCACUCCAUCGCCCCCGGUUACGCCAAGGCCAAUCACCACAACGUGGGCUUCCAUCACCACUCCCCUCUCCCUCCCCUCUCCCUCCUCACGGGCACCUACCCUUAUAUUCCGGACCAUAGGGUUCCCUUUCCCCUAGCGCUGCACGUCAACAUCUUGAACAUUCCACAGCACGGAACAGCUGCUAUACAGAGACAUUAUAGUGAGGAGGACCCAGAGAAGGAGAAGAGGGUGAAGGAGAUUGAGCUGCUGCUGAUGUCAACAGAAAAUGAGCUGAGGGGACAGCCUGCACUACCUAUCAUUCCUUUCUCCAGCUGGGGGGGUCGUACCAGUUCAGAGAGCCAGGGUCAUCACUACCAGGCCACUGUUCCAUGCCUCUCUAUAGAGAGCACCUCACACAGCAACAACAAUAACAACAACAACAGCAACAGUCACCAUGACAUCCACGCCCUCUCCAACCUCCCGGAGUUCAUGGAGUCAGUCAUCGACUCGCUUUUCAACCAAUCAGACAGCCACAGCUUACCAAUGAGCUCCCAGAAACCCCUGGUGGCCACAGCUCCACCCCGACCACAGAAAGAAAACGGCAUGUUCAGGACUCCUACUAUCCGUCGUUCCCUCCUGGAGUUGUCUCCACGUUCUCUGACCCCGUUCAGGUCUUCCAUGGUAGAGUGUAUAAAACAGGAACCUAUGGAGUGUGUUGUCUCAGUCGGGGGCCAACAGCCAACCGGGGUCUCCCCAGACCAACAGCCAUCCUUAAAGAAGAUCAAACAAGAGGUGGAGUCUCCCUAUCUACAGUGGGAAGGAGCAGACAUCCACACCCAGCUCUUCUCCCCCUCCGGCCCCGCACAGGAAGUACCUGAUCUGCUGACUACUUCUGCACUGAAUGAAGACGGACACAAACCCUACCACCUCCCCCGUCGGUCUCUGGGCAGCCCACUACAGCAGCUCAACACUUGGGACCAAGUGGCUUGUGGGAAGGUGGAGGACCAAGUGGCUUGUGGGAAGGUGGAGGACAAGGUCUUGGCUUUAGAGCAUAAAUACAUCACUUCAUACUCUGCUAGGACCUUGGUCAUGUAAUAUAUAUACACACACAGACAGACAGACAGACAGACAGACAGACAGACAGACAGACAGACAGACAGACAGACAGACAGACAGACAGACAGACAGACAGACAGACAGACAGAGACACUCGUUGGAUUCAAAGACCAAAGACUUUAAUUUGUUUAUUUCUAUUAUUUUGUAUUCAUGGGUUGUUUUGUCACCAUAUUGUCUUGAACUUCUGAUCUGACGCCUGACUGAGCGUUCUACUCAAUACAUUGUCAAUGGUUAUUGAAUCAAAAGUCUAUUACAAUCGGCUUGGAAGCACAAUGCCGAUGCAAUCAAAAGGAGGCAUUACAAUAGUAGGAAAACCUUUUGUCAUCAUUUUGAUGUCGCCAGAUUGACUUUAGAUGCAGUAUAACGUUAGCUAGCUAGCUAAGAUUGAUGGCAGGCCACCAGAUUGACUUUAGAUGCAGUAUAACGUUAGCUAGCUAGCUAAGAUUGAUGGCAGGCCACCAGAUUGACUUUUGAUGCAGUAUAACGUUAGCUAGCUAGCUAAGAUUGAUGGCAGGCCACCAGAUUGACUUUAGAUGCAGUAUAACGUUAGCUAGCUAGCUAAAAUUGAUGACAGGCCGCCAGAUUGACUUUAGAUGCAGUAUAACGUUAGCUAGCUAGCUAAGAUUGAUGGCAGGCCGCCAGAUUGACUUUAGAUGCAGUAUAACGUUAGCUAGCUAGCUAAGAUUGAUGGCAGGCCGCCAGAUUGACUUUAGAUGCAGUAUAACGUUAGCUAGCUAGCUAAGAUUGAUGGCAGGCCGCCAGAUUGACUUUAGAUGCAGUAUAACGUUAGCUAGCUAGCUAAGAUUGAUGGCAGGCCACCGGAUUUUAGCUAGCUAACGUUAGAAUUUGCUAGCUAUUUUCUUUUUUUUUUACAAACUUUGCUAUAACUAAGUAAAUUUGAUGACAUGAUAAUGCUGACAAAGUUGUUUUUUCCUACUAAAUAUUUGACUACUUUUAGCAAUGUCAUCGUAUUUCCAGGCGCUAUAGUGUCAUUUAGACGAAACAGAAAUUAGCCUCCGCCCAGAAAGACUGGGCAUAUCACCACUGUAGAGCACCACUAUGGCGCCGCCGAUAGAUGGCGGCUUGAGAACGUUCAUAACAAUGGCACGACGCGACCGAGUGACGGAGGUGCAACCUAUGAAUGGUUUUGUUAUUAGUGUGGAUCCUGUGGGUAGGUUGUGGUAUUGAAUGUUGUAUUAUAAAGCAGAGAGAAAAAUGAUGUGCCUAUAAAUGAAUAAUAAUGGGGCUGUGUUUUUAAUACCUGAAUAUAAAAAAAACAAGCUGAUUUAA